AUGGCUUCAUGGAUUCUACUCUCCUAUUCAAGUAAUGGUCAUUAUGAUUCUGUGUACCCAAAACAAUUUCAGUCAAAUGCAGCUAUUUGUCAGGCUAUAUUAUAUGAGAUUCUCUAUAAGAAUGUGUUUGUUGUGGAUGAAGAAGCAUUGAACACUGCAGUUCACUUGUUUCGAACUGGUUCUAAGAAAAAUAAAAAUGCUGUGGCUGAAAGUGUGGCUGAAAGUGAGGAUGCCAGUAUUGAUGACAUGACUUCAAUUCAGGACAGGACUGAAGAGUGGGGUGCUGCCUGCAGUAUUCAGAAUAUACCAGAGGGCUUUAAUCAAGAAAUGGAAGAAUUAAAGUCUCCAGAAAAUCCAUCAAAGAUGGUCUUCCCCUAUAAAGUGCUCAAAGCCCUGGAUCCAGAAACCUAUCGUAAUGUAGAAUUUGAUGUUUGGUUGGACAGCAGAAAAGAACUUCAAAAAUCUGAUUACAUGGAGUAUGCUGGGAGACAGUAUUAUUUAGGAGACAAAUGUCAGGUUCGCUUGGAAUCAGAUGGAAGAUAUUAUAAUGCUCAUAUCCAAGAAGUUGGAAAUGACGGUGAUUCAGUAACAGUUUUCAUUGAAGAAUUGGCAGAAAAGCAUGUUGUUCCGCUGGCUAACUUAAAAGCAGUUACUCAGCUGAUACCUGUUUCUACCUGGAAUGCUGGCCAUAGUCGGAAAGGAAGAGGUUACCAGAAAAUGUCUGCAGGCUAUGUGUCCGAAAUGGCUAUGUCAGAGAUGGACAUGAAACAGCGGAAGAAGAUGUUUAAGAAAGUUCGAGGGAAAGACGUUUAUAUGACAAUGCCUAACAGGGGAGACCGCCUUUCUCCACCCAACCUUCAACACAGUAUGCAUUAUGGAUAUGACCCUCCACCUCCACUGCACUACUCUCAGACAGCUGACAAUGUUAUGUGCAGUGAACAGUUUCAUUUUCAACAUUCAUCUCAUAGACAAAGCCGAGGAUUUGGAGUACCCAGGGAUUCAUCUCGUUUUAUGAAUAGGCACAUAUCAAAUCCUAAAGUUGGUCUUUACUCUGAACCAGGUAAUAGGUGCUGCCAGAGUUUUGACAACUUCUCCUAUAGAUCUCGUUCUUUCAAACGUAAUAAUCGCCAGAUGCAUUGUAUGAAUAAGGAGUGUCUUUAUGGCUUUGUCCCCGAGAAUGGACAGAUGCUCAGUGGCUUAGAAGAAACUGUUAAUUUUUAUGAAGUUGAAGGAGAUGAAACUGCUUAUCCAUCUUUACCUAACCAUGGUAGUCCCUCUAUGAUGGUUCCUGCUACUUCGGGAUACUGUGUUCCGAGGCGAGGCCAUAGCUCCGUAAAACAGAGUUCAAAUUCAGAAGAGGGCAAUAGCCAGAGCGACAAUGGAAGAAAUGAAGAAUAUCUUUAUCCUUCAGAGCCUGAUUAUGAAACUUCAGGUAUAUAUAACACAACUGCAUCUACAGCAAACAUGAUGAUGGGAAAUUCUCCAGUAGUUGCAGCUUCCUGUGCCAGUGAUGUUCCAGCUCCAGUCUUACCUAACUGUGGAGCAGCUAAUCAAGCGAGUGGUACUCCGCCAGUUUCCUCGCAGAAUGCUAUACAGCCUCUAUUUGUACCUCCUCCAACACAGCCCAGGCCAGUGAUUGCUUCACCAUCUUAUCAAUGCCAUUCUGCUGCUGUUCCUGCUGCUGCAGGCUUUCUCCCAUCGCCAACUCAAUCUCUACCACCACCACCACCACCUCCUUCUCCUUUUGAGGUAGAAGAGGCUUCAAACUUACCACUGUCACCUCCACCUUAUUCCUAUGAUCCAAAUGGCAGUGAUCUUCCUCAAGAUAUGAAAGUUUUACAGUACUAUUUCAAUCUGGGAUUGCAGUGCUAUCACCACAGCUGUUGGCACUCUAUGGUCUAUAUGCCACAGAUUCAGCAGCCACAUGUAGAGAAUUACCCAGUCUAUACUGAGCCACCACCUCUGAUAGACCAAACUGUUCCUCACUUGUACAGUGAGAUAGGGAGAGCAGAUGGUGCACAGACAGAUGCACCAGUGAAUGGUACUUUUCCAAAUGCUGAUGCUGUACCUGUCCCUCAUGGAGCAGUCUAUUAUCCAGUCAUGUCAGAUCCCUAUGGGCAACCACCACUGCCAAGUUUUGAUUCCUGCCUUCCUGUUGUGCCAGAUUAUCCCUGCAUUGCACCCUGUCAUCCAAUUGGCACAGCAUAUGGUGGUUCACAGAUUCCUGGUGCUAUAAGUCCUGGGCCAGUUGGUUAUAUUACUUCGCCUCCAUCUUCUCAUUAUGUACCUCAGAAUAUGUAAGAUUCAACAAUAUGGAGUAUUCUUGCACUGCCGUUUUCUACAUUGGUGUUUAAGUGGUUUAGGCAGUAAGAGUCAUUACUCUUGUAUUUAUGUCUUUAAGAUUGCCCUGUCUUUUGAUUCAAAAUAUUUCUUUAAAGGAAUACUUCUUUGGGUUGUGAAUGAGGAAAUUAAGAUGGUUGUACAACUAUUCCCAUACUGAUCUGAUCGUGUUUGAUUGUGUUCAGAUUUCCUGUCAACCAGCUUGUCAUCUUUGUAUUGAUAGUGCCAGUUGAAAUAAAUAAUACGAACGAUUGCCCUGGCUCAGAAAUCACACAACCUACUAAACCGUUCAAAAUUGUAAGUUCCAUUUUUCUGGAAAGUAAAACAACAAAAUCAAGAGCCUUUGUUUCCAGAAAACUUAACAUUAAAUAAGAGAGCCUUUUAAGUCUCUCUCUUUUUUUU